AUCACCUAUGGGCCUUUCGAGAUCGCCAACGCUCUCCGCGCUUCCAUGCUCAAUCGUCCAACAGUUGCCAAUGCUGCUGUGAAGGAGCUCAUCAAAAAAGCCGGUCAGAGAGAAGUCAAGUAUGAAGCAAUGGUACAGAACAAUACCUGCGGUCGCUUAGCAAUUGCUGAGCCCGCAGCUGUGCGCGGUGUAUGGCCAAGCAUUUAUGAUCGAGGUAUGUGA